GGAACAAGAUGUCUGUUUUUUGGAUAGUGCUGCUGGGUCUCUUAUCCCUGUGCCAUGCAGCACCGACCAUCGCUCCAACAACGUCCCCUGAGGACCAAGAUCUGGCCGAGGGAUAUCUCUCUCAGUUCUACGCUGAUGUUGGGAUGACGAACUCAACAGUACGAAGAAUCAGACACAACAAUUUCACUCAGGAUCUCCAGGCUAUGCAGGCCUUCUUUGGCCUGGAGGUGACUGGCAUCUUGGAUAAGGAGACUGUAGAUGUGAUGAAGGCACCGAGGUGUGGAGUGUCAGACAUAAGCCGAUAUGGACACUUCCCUGGGAGACCCAAAUGGAACAAAAGGCUGAUUACAUACAGGAUCACUCGGUACACUCCAGAUCUGACCCAGCGUCAGGUGGACACAACCAUCGCUCAGGCCUUCCAGCUCUACAGCGACGUCAUCCCCCUGGACUUCAAACAGGUCACCAGUGGUACUGCGGACAUCAUGAUCCUGUUUCAGGGCGGAUACCACGGGGACUUUUACCCUUUCGACGGAGCGGGUGGAGUCUUGGCUCAUGCUAACUCUCCUGGACAAGGUCAGGGAGGUGAUACGCAUUUUGAUGAUGAUGAAAGCUGGACUCUGACCCAAAGAGGUGUGAAUCUGCUGCUGGUGGCUGCCCAUGAGUUUGGUCAUGCUCUGGGCCUGGAUCACUCCAGAGACAGACGUGCACUGAUGUACCCUACAUAUCAAUAUGUCAACACAAAUGGGUACAGGCUACCAGAUGACGACAGACGUGGUGUUCAAGCCCUUUAUGGCAGCCGUACAACAGUCCCCACAACAGCACCAAAACCUGAACCACCUCCCAGUCCAGAACCAGAAGAUCCAACAGAACCUCCAAACCCCGCAGAUGAACAAUGCAACCGUGACCUGGUGUUUGAUGAUGCUACCUCCAUCAGGGGAGACCUGUACUUCUUCAAAAAUGGAUACUACUGGAGGAAGAGUUCAAGUUUCCAAGGAAUCCGUUUAACUAAAGUGGACAGAAAGUGGCCACGGAUCAACUCUGUGGAUGCUGCCUAUGAAGUCCCGAAUGAAAAUGUGGUGUACUUUUUUGAAGGUCGCCAGUACUGGGGAAUAAGGGCAAUUUCAAAAACAAUAAUGCCAGGCUAUCCAAAGUCCAUCACCAACCUUGGCCUUCCCUCCUCAGUCAGUAAGGUGGAUGCAGCUGUCUAUGUGUCAAGUACUGGAAAAACACUCAUUUUUGUGAAUAAUAAGUACUGGAGCUAUGAUGAGCGUAGAAACCGAAUGGAGAGUGGCUACCCACGAUAUAUCACCCAGGAUUUCCCAGGCAUUGGCUCUAAAGUUGAUGCAGCCUUUGAGAAUUAUGGAUAUCUGUAUUUCUCAGACGGCCCCAGACAGAGCGAGUACUACCUGCCAUACAGGAGAGUGAUGCGUGUUCUGCUCAACUACGGCUGGCUCAACUGCUACUGAGAACCCACAUGUACCACAUCAGAACCAGUGCCAUUCAAAAUGCACACUGUAGUUACAGCAUUACAAAGGAGCCUUGUAGUAUAUGUUUGUAUGAUAUGGAGAGAAGUUCAGCUAACUGUAGUUCACCUACUGCUAGUUGUCAUUUAACAGGGCCAGUGAAUGAUUAGCGGUAGCGAUCAAUUCUGUAAAUGAUCUUUGACCCUUUUUUAAAAUGCUGUUGUUUUCUGUAUGAAACUUGCAAAUAUUGAUGAUGGAUGAAUUUGCUCGGAACUCUUCAAUGAUGCUAAAUAACACAAUUUCAGGCAUAGAAUAAGCUGUUUAAAAGCUGUCUUCUGAGUUCAUGCAAAUUAUACAAAUAAAUGUUGAA